AACUAUUUCACCGCAGGUAGAAACUUCGUGACGUCACUUCCACAAUCGUAAAUGAAGGGAGUUUCCUAAUAAGUUUUACUCUAAAAUUAUGGCUAAGACCUACGAUUAUUUGUUUAAAUUACUUUUAAUUGGUGACUCUGGUGUUGGGAAAACUUGUGUAUUGUUCAGGUUUUCAGAAGAUGCCUUUAAUGCUACUUUCAUUUCAACUAUAGGUAUAGAUUUCAAGAUAAGAACUAUAGAAUUAGAUGGAAAGAAAAUAAAAUUACAGAUAUGGGAUACUGCAGGUCAGGAGAGAUUCAGAACUAUAACAACAGCAUACUACAGAGGUGCUAUGGGUAUAAUGUUAGUGUAUGAUAUUACAAACGAAAAGUCAUUUGACAAUAUCAGGAACUGGAUUAGAAAUAUAGAGGAGCAUGCAUCAAGGGACGUAGAGAAGAUGAUACUAGGUAAUAAAUGUGAUAUGAACGACAAACGACAAGUCAGUAAAGAGAAAGGUGAACAGCUUGCUAUUGAACAUGGAAUAAAAUUUAUGGAAACAAGUGCUAAAGCCAGUAUAAAUGUUGAAGAGGCCUUUUUCACCUUAGCUAGAGAUAUAAAGGCAAAAAUGGACAGGAAAUUGGAUGCAUCAUCAGCACCGAAAGGUGGAGGGGGUCACAAAUUGACUGCAAAUCAAAGCCAGCCCAAAAAAGCAUGGUGGAAAUGUACUAUUCUCUGAUUGGACAGUUCAAAUCUCAAAUAUAAAUCUGAUUGGACAGAUGUUUUAAAAGAUUUAUUUUUAUUGGUCAAUUUGAAAUAUUUAUGGAUGGAAAUGUUCUGAGUGCAUAUGAAAAUGUGACCUAAAUUUCAAAACCAGCAGAAAAAAAAUAAACCCAUUUCUUCGCAUGAAUGGGAUCGCCAGGUCACAUGUGAAAUAAAAGACUAUUUCUAAUUGGCUGAUAUAUGUAGUUACUCAAAUGCACCAAGCAUUUUGAUUGGCAUUUGAAAUAACUGCAGCAAUACGCUUUGUGUAUAGUUUAUGAUUUGUUCAUGUAUAUAGUAUAUAGAACUAUUUAAUGACAUAGUAAAUUUGUGUUUAAAUGUCCAUUAUAUAAUUUUUAUACUUAUAAAUGAAGACUGAUAAGGUAAGCAUGAAGGUUAAAAGGCAGAUGUCUUUAAUCUACAUGUGCAUUAUUUCCAAUAUCUUUUAUAACUAUUGCUCAUCCAAUAGCAUAGACUAACUUAGCCAAGGGUAAGAUUAUAUUUGUUUUUUAUUGUUUUAUUGUUUGCUUCCUCGAGUUUUAAAUAUCAGUUCUUUUAUUUUAAAAUUAGAUUAAGUAAACCUUUUAAAUUCUAAUACAUUUUUGCAAAUUUUGGUAAAUGCCUUUCUGUUCUGAAUCAGGAGGCAUUCGUUUCUUAGAUAUUUUCUUGUUGGAAAAGAAAUUAGUGAGAAUUGAUAAAACCUAAGGUUGGGGACCAGAUUGAAAACCUCAGCAUCCCAUUGGUUGAUUCUGGGCACAAAUUCAAAAUUGAACAAUGGCAUAAUUCCAUUUCAAUCCUGGUUCCCCUCUCUAAUUAUAACAUGUUGGUCCUGCAUAUUGGCUGUUUUAUUAUGCUUUUAGGCAAAUUUUAUUUAUGGCCACAAGCAUUUGUUACUAAUUUACAUUCUUACAGCUUUUGUACAUAUUUUGGGGAAUUUUCUUGGAAUUUGAAGCUUAUGUUAAAUGUUAUAUAUAAAAGUAAGAAUGGCAUACUGAAAUUUGUAAAUUUUUCAAUCAGUUUUUUCUAUAGUUUUCGAUAAAAAGACGCACUCCCCACUCUAUAUUUGAAAUUUAAGACUCAAAAAUGUGUCUUGUAAUAGGAAAUGGACAAUAGUGGCAAUAAAAAGCUGUAUAUAAAGUCCAUACAAACUUUGAUUUGCCAGGAUAUUUAAGGUACGUUUCAGGAAACAGUGCAGAAAUCUCUUAACUUUUGUAUUUAUGGUAAUUUGAUUCAAAAUUUAUCCUUGUGCUUUACUGUAUUUUAUUAUUAUCUGAUUAAAAAAAAAUAAGUAACAACAUUAUUGUUUGAAGUAUGCCUUGAUGUAGUAAUACUUUUCUGUCAAAAGUAAGCAAGAACUGUUCAUUUUCUCAAAUUUUGAAAUUUCAGAUCUAUUCAGUUGAUUAUAAGCCCUCAAAAUUUGAAUUUCUGGACUGGGUUUCAAUAUUGUUUGAUAUAAUGGCAUAGUUCAAGUAUAAAAUAUUUGAGCUUCAUCAUUGCAGGUAUAAUGUUUCCACACUUUGAUUUAAUGAAAAGUUAUUAUUUUUUAUAAUUAAGUGUUAGAACUUAAAACUAUGUUGAUUUAAAUAUCACUCACAAACUUGAGUUUUUUUUUGUGUAAAGAUAUUUAAUAAAAUAUUCAGGAAUGCAUUAAUGUUUCUUUAAUUUAACAUAAUUGUAACAUUUUACAUAGGUGUAUCAUCUUAAAGUAGAUUGAUCUACAAUGGGCACAUUUUCCAUAAGUAUUUCAAAUAUUGAUAAAAACCAUAGAAAUGUAUCAUUUGAAAUAUUGCUUGAAAAAAAAGCAAACUUUUAAUAAAGUUCUUAGUGAUUUAGCAUGAAUAUUAAUUUAUAUGAUGAAUAAUAAUAUUUUGUUCUAAAACAUUUUAUUAUCUGCUAUACAAAUAUGUGUAAUAUCGGAUCAUGUAUCUCAUACUUGCCAACAACAACAACAUCCAUAUAAAAUUCUUUCGUGGUUUGUUGUUAUAUCUGAAACUAAAUACUAUGAAAGUAAAAAUUUAUUUUAUUAUGAACCUGCCAUUACAGACCAAUUCUCUUCAAUCUGUACCUAAACUUUGAUAUACUUGCCGUGAUUUCAUUAUGAAGCAGUCCUUUGAUAUUCUAAGCUGUUUAAUUAAAAAUGUACAUAACUUAAAUUUGAUAUUUGUAAAUAUUAAAAAUUGCUAUACAGUCUCUUUUUUAAUAUAAAAUAAACAAGUUUUGUCUUCACAAAAAGUAGAUGUAUAAUAUUUUAAAUUUUACAGAAAAUGUGAAUUAACACAAUUUGAAUAUAUAGUGUCAUUUAAAAAAACAAGCACUUUUUUUUUAAACAAAACACCAACUUAACUUGACCUGUAAUAGGGAAUGCAGCCCUCCAUACAUAGUUUGUACGUUCUUUUAUAAAAUAAGACAUAUUCAGUAAGAAUUUUUAUUGAUUUCAGUUAAUUUCGGCAAUAAAAAUAUUUUACUUAAAAAUGAGCCCAGUAUAUCUUUGAACAGUAAAAAGUUAAAAUAUGAGCAGUCAUCAUGAAUCAGUAAAGAGGAUAAUGCCUGCACACACUAUACUGAUGGUAUAUACAAGUCUAUAUGAAUGUGUGAAGUGUGUAAGGCUGGCAUUUCACUAAUCUGAUUUGAUUUUAAUCUCAAGCCAUUUAGUGUUAAUUGUUUAAUUAAUAAGUUAUUACAAAAUGAAUAUGACAUUAAGUGUUAAUUGUUUAAUUAACUAAUUGAUUAUUACAAAAUGUAUUUCAUAUUUAGAUAAUCAGUUCAGUACCCAGUUGUAUAUUUGAUGUUUUCAUACUCAAAAAUGCAGAUUUGUUGCAAUGAAUGUUAUUCCAUUUUACAUGCUGUCUGAAUAAUAAGUGAUAUUUUGUAAAAUUCUGUUUAAGGAAAGCAGUGGUCCAGUGGUAAAACAUCAUCAUGUAAUUUACAGAAAUCUGAAUAUCUUUGUCAAUAUAAAUAAGGUUAAAGUAUUUGAAAGAGUUUAUAAAGCUAUAAUUGACAAAAUAAUGACAUGAAUGGUGAAAGGGCAGAUGGACCCUUAUUAAGCUUAGAAUACAUAACAGUGCCUAUACUGAGAUUCUCACUCAUGCUUGAAAUAAUGCAUGGAGGUGCACCUGAGGUCUUCCUCCAACAGUAAAGCUAGAAAGUCGCCAUAUGAUAUCUUCUAUGUUAGUGUGGCGUAAAAAACCCAAACCCAACCCUGUAAAGAAACCACCUUUGUUAGACAGUCAUUGUUUUCUGUUUUCUUUCCUUUAGUUUCUUAUCAUGGCAGGAUGUUUAAUAUGUUCAAAGUUGUCAUAUUAUUUAACAUAAAGUUUAAUCUCUAAUAGAUCUAAAUAAUAUUUUUUUGCAUAAUAUAUCUUCUAAGAAGAAAGUUAACAGUAAGGACUGUGGGUGGUUCUACCCUGAUAUUUUUUCCUUCCUCUGGUGUAACAAAUGUUUAAUCCUAUCAAGUUAUGUCACUUUCAUGUCACAGUAAAAAAAAAAUUUUUUUAUAAAGUCCAAUAAUUUAUUUAAAGUUUCUGACAAGGCGUGCUAGUAAAACUGUGGCUGGGCCAAUCUUUAUAUAUUAUAUAUAUAUUUCUUUUUGUUUAUAUAUCAUGCUUUUCAUUUGUAAACAUACUUAGUAGUUGAUGUUUUUGUUUGUUACACUAAAACAUAAAAUAUGCAAUUUUGUUAAUGUGUUUUAUGUCAAGUUUACAACAAUAUUCUGUUGAUGUAUCAUUAUAUGUAUAUGAACUAGUAAAUGAAAGGGGUAUCCAACUCAUAUUUUACUUGUAUUGUUUGUAUUUUAUUCAUUUGGUCAAAGUUUUGGUCAUUUUCUGCUCCACACUGCAGGCAUGAUUGAAAGUAAAAUACUGUAGAAUCAGAAAUUUUUCGCAACAGUUUCAUUUUUUGACAGCUAAUUUUGCCAUUUUGUUAAAUUGUUAAGAAAAUAAUUUCACAAAUGGAUGUCCUGAUGUAAAGUUUUAAUAAAAAGAAUUAACUAAUGAGCCGUGUCACGACAAAACCAACAUAGUGUGUUUGCGACCAGUAUGGAUCCAGACCAGCCUGGGCAUCCGCGCAGUCUUAUCAGGAUCCAUGCUGUUCACUUACAAACCCUAUAACAAGUAGUGAAACUGAUAGCGAACAGCAUGGAUCCAGAUCAGACUGCACGGAUGCGCAGGCUGGUCUGGAUCCAUGCUGGGCGCAAACCCAUUAUGUUGGUUUUGUCAUGACACGACUUAUAUAUCUGUGGUUAGGUUGAAUGUGGCCUUCAGCUUUUAUUUUGUUUCGAAAUAAGUAUUUAACUAUUUUUAUCUUGGAAAAGUGCAUUAUAUCACUGUUAAGCCUUCUUCAAAACAGUGUUAGGCAUGAGAGCUAUUUAUAGCGCGUCACUGAUGGUCGUUUCUAAAAAUAGAAGAUCAGGAAACUAUUCGUUUGCUUUAGUAAUUUUAUAUAGAGAGCAGACCGGUAGAUUAGAGGUAUCCAGGGGUUUCCUUGUUGUUUAUGUAUCUAAUUGACGGCAGAUUAUAUUUUCCACCUCAAUUCUUUUGAUUUGACAAUUAUAUGAAAGGAUUUAUCGAAAUAUAACAUAUAAAUUUAAGCUUUAGAAAACUUGAAGGCAGCCUCGCAGCUAAGGGAUUGUAGGUUCAAGACUUGUAAAUUGUUCCCUCAAAUGUCACCAGUAACAUUUAAGUCAAGGAAACAGACUCACGAAUGAUUGUUAUAACAUAAGAGGUAUCGUAACUAGCUAACCCUUUAUGAAUUAUGUGAACGAAAAUUCUGGUACUAAAAUUGUGGUUUUAUAUUUGUGUCUGUCAUAAACAAGUUUCUUAUGAUUAUUUUAACUAUUAAACUGCUAAAAUUUAUAAAUGAUUAACUUGCUUGGCUUUGAAUGGAAACUGUUGUACAUAGAUAUUUUAAAUUUAAAAUGUUCUUCGAUUAUAAAUUGUUAACAUUUAGCAGUGACAAUGACAUACAGUCUGGUCAGGCCACAUACAUGUACUAAAUAUACAGUCUGAUUUAACACUAGUAGAUAGCAAACAAAACAAAUUAAAACAUAUUUUCAUGAAAUCUAUAAUAAAUCAUUUCUAUAAAAGCUUGCAUUGAAUUCAUCAAUUUUUUAAUAAGCUUAAUCACAAUAUCAACUUUCUUCAACAUUUUAUUUAAUAGAUAAAACAAGAAUUUUCCCAAAAUGUAACAAUAUUUAUUUUUGUUGUUUCGAUAUUUUAUACUUCAAGUCUUUUGAAACGCAACAAAUGUGUAAAAAUUCAUAUCAUAAAUUUUCAAUCAGGGUUUUGUUAAUAAAGAAUAUUAAAAAAAGUUUCAGUUCAUUAUUUUAAUUUAUUUGAAACUACAAGUUAUAAGUAUGGUUAAAGGAACUCCACUGAGGUCCAAAAGCCUAAAAACAUAAAUUUUUUAAUUUCUUACAUAGAUCAAGAAUGGCAUUGAAAACAAAAAGAUGAAUGUAAUUUAGAAAUAAACUCAAAAAUAAAUGAUACAUUGUAUUUUUUUGCUACUCUUAGCCCAAUAUGAGUAACAAGGGUUGCAACUCUUUCAAUUUCUCAAUUUUAUUUAAAGUAUAUUUUUUUGGAAUUUUGAAUUUUUCUGAUUAUCUCAAUUCAAGUAUAUUUUUUGGAAUUUUAAUUUUUUUUUGGCAAGCUUUGACAGUGUUAAAAUGUAUUUUUGUAGAAGUGAUGAAUUAUGGUUUGAAGGGAGUACAGUCAUCUAUUUGAUGUGACUGUACUUAUAAAGUAUAACAAUAUAUGUUAAAAAAUCUUUUAUUUGCAUCAUCAGUAUCAUGUACCUUUAUAUAACUAUCUGCUUGUAAAGAAGCAAAAAUCAGUCAAUAAAAAAUGAAAUAAAUUCUA